UACAAAGUCGUUGUUCUCGGUGAUAGAGGAGUCGGCAACAACUCGUUAACGGUUCAAUUUUGCAGCUAUCAUUAUAUGUCGUCCUAUCAACCAACCAUUGAAAAUCUCGACUCGAAGAGACUGGUCAUUGGCAACGAUUCAUAUCUCCUGGACAUACUGAACACUGCAGGAGAGCCGGUUUACAAGAUACUAAAAGACCGGUGGAUCCAACGAGGAGACGGAUUCUUGCUGGUAUACUCCACUGCCGAUCUAAGAAGCUUUUGGAAGAUAAAGCUCAUCUGGGAUGAUAUCUUGGCCUUCAAAGGUGGACCCCAACCACCUAUGAUACUUACCGAGCACAUAAAAUGGCAAAGCAGGAGUGAUUCCCUUGGACCUCAGGAAUGUCACCCUUUCCUUCCCCUGAAGUGGGCGUUUGAUGUCGCACAAUCAAUGGCGAAGCAAAAUGAACUCUGA